GUUUAGCACGAAGCAUGAAACGGAUUGGCCAUUCUAGCCGCCCACCGCCCCACGAUCCAAGCCUCUUCACAGCGGAGUAUUAUAGAAAAGAAUGGUUUCCACGGUUUUUGCCAGUUUCUUCUUCCGGUGCGGCUAUUCUUGCUUCAACUUUGCAGGUGACACAAUACUCUUCGUGCUCCGUCUUUAUCUCAUCAACUUCUUGUUCCUCUUCCUUGGAAAAUGGAUGCAGAAGAACAAAUCAUACACAUAAAACCAAAUUCCAGGUCAUGGAGCUGCAAAGUUCUGGUGAUUGAGAAGUUGAACGAACGCGAAUCAUUCAAUAAACCUGGACUAACAUAUAAACCUAUAAUCUUGCAAGACAGUGCUGGACACAAGGUCAAAGCAAUGACUUAUGGACAAGAUAUUGCCGUAAUCGACAAACGCAUCCAGUUGAAUGGCACAUAUAAGGUAUUUGAUGCAAGGGUUUCGCCAGCGGCGCAUGGGUUUGCCGUCCCUGAUGAAACUUAUAGGUUCAUUUGGACAUUGAAUAGAAGAACAAUGAUUCAUGAUGUCAGUCCCGAUGAAAAGCUCGUACCUCAGCCAACUGCAGAUGCUGAAAUUGAACCAUUUUCAAUGUUCUACAAAUCAAUGUGGAGUAAAAAAGAUAUCAAUGUACUUGGAGCUGUUAUUUCCAAAUUGGCCCGCAUGUUUGUCUUCACAAAAAAAGGUCAAAAGACAACAACCGACUUCAUCAUCAUAGACCAAGAAUGCAAGCCAAUCACUCUAACAUUGUGGGAGGAAUUCGCAACCACUCAGGGGAUAGAAAUCGAAAAGGCACUCGAAUCGGGUACUUAUCCAACAAUACUCGCAAAGAGGAUACUUGCGACUACCUACCAAGGACUGACACUAACAACACGUCAAGAUUCAUCAAUCGAACUAAAUCCAACCAUACCUCUUGCGGCAUCUCUAGAAGAGUGGUAGGAAUUUUUAUAUAUUCUUACAAUUACUUAGUUUUUACAAUUAGUUCUAUAACCAAAUAUGUGCAAUCCAAGAAAUGUUCGAAUGCUAUCACAAUACAACAUGCCUUGGAAACAAAACAAUUUGAAGAUCCUUUGUCUGUUUUCGUAAGUCCGGCAGAUAUUGAAAAAAUAAGCAUAUCGGACCUCAUCAACACAGCAAAUCAGAAAGACAUGUACUGGGUUGAAGGUGAAUUGCAACUCCUAGAAAAUGAACCCAUUACGGUGUACAUAGGAUGCACCACUUGUAAUCGGAAGGUGAACUGCAGAGAAGGUAUCACCUUUGAAUGCAUGCAAUGUGGAGACAAAGAGGCAUCUACGAUAAAGAGAUUCAGAGUGACAGCUGAAAUACAUGACGGAAGCCAUGCUAUACACGUGACCCUCUUCACCAAGGAGCUCCAGAAAAUACUUAAGACACUUGAGUGGAAUUCACCGUUGGAGACGAUCAACUUUGUGAAUCUAAACAAGGCGCUUCUAUCACUCACUGUCAUUGCUGCAAUCAAACCAAGUUCAGGCACUUACGAAACAAAUACAUCAAACACGUUCUCACUACAAACCCUCUACAGUCUCUCUCCGAAGCAAAGAAGCGCACCAAGUCUAAAGAGAAAGAUGAAAGUUGAAGAGGACGCCCACAAAAAAAAGACCUAGCUAAUGUUUACGGACCUUGAAAACUCUUUUGACCCUAAUCUCUAUUCAUACUGUUCUUGUAAAAUAUAACUACCCCAACUUAGUAGGAGGCCUUAUGUCAGUUUGUUACAUAGUAAAAAUGAUGAAGUGCAAGUGAUCACUUCAAGUUUUGUAAAACAAUCCCUAAGUUAGAACUCUUAAGUUAGCCAAAUAUCAUAAAUGAAGUGUGGGUGA